UCCUCCAAGAUGUCUGGCCGCGGCAAAGGCGGGAAGGGUCUUGGCAAAGGCGGCGCUAAGCGCCACCGCAAGGUGCUGCGUGACAACAUCCAGGGCAUCACCAAGCCGGCCAUCCGGCGCCUUGCUCGCCGCGGCGGCGUGAAGCGCAUCUCUGGCCUCAUCUACGAGGAGACCCGUGGGGUGCUGAAAGUCUUCCUGGAGAACGUGAUCCGGGACGCUGUGACCUACACGGAGCACGCCAAGCGCAAGACGGUCACCGCCAUGGAUGUGGUUUACGCGCUGAAGCGCCAGGGUCGCACCCUCUACGGUUUCGGUGGCUGAGCGUCGUCAUUUUCUAUCAAUAAAAGGCCCUUUUCAGGGCC